AUGCGGUCAAAAAGUCGACAGACGUCCGGCAUCCUUGCAUGUCCGACAGAGAUAUUCCGCUUAAUCUUCAAGUCGUUGUCGCGCACUGAACUUCGUUUGCUAUGUCUAGUACAUAAGAUUCUGCGCGCUCAUGCUGAGCCACUCCUCUAUGGUGGGAUCUUCUGGAUCUGGAGGAAACCCCAUUCUCCUCCGAUUCCACUCCUUCUACGCACAAUCUUGCGCAGGCCUCAGCUGGCCGCUCACAUCAAAUCUUUCCACCUCGACAUGACAGCCUUCCAUGAGUACCACCCAGAUGUUGGACGUUACAUUAUCCACGAUCACCCUUUCGUUGAUGAGCUGGAUGAGCACAUCGCAUUUAUACGCAGAACUGGCGUUUCACAUCGCAGGUCUUGGAUCCGAAAAUUGCGCCAGGGGACUACAGAUGCUUUCCUUGCUCUCCUCUUGGCGCAACUCUCAAGUCUACGAUCUUGGCACAUCAGCGGGGUUGUGACUCGACACUCCAAUCUGGUCGGUUUGACGCUUGUCUCCGCCAUCUGUGAGUCGGGAAGGUAUCAACUGCCCAACUUCCAGCAUUUACGAGAGGUGAAUUCCCACUUCAUGCCGCGUUCAAACCGCAGGAAGGCUGGCAGAGAGCCGCGCAAAAGUCUGCCCUGGCAUGCGACCAACAUCUUGCCAUUCUUGUAUUUGCCGGAUCUGGAGUGCCUGUCGGUUUCGCUGGGGAGCCCAAUCGUGUGGCCUACGCCGCAUCUGCCCGCCUCAUCCAAGCUCCGAUCCCUCGAUCUGGGACAAGUCCAUGAAGCGGAUCUCGGUGAAAUCCUCUCGGUCACCCCUAACCUGGAUACCCUCCACUGGUACUGGUCCUACCCGACAGAUGUCGUUGAUGGGGUGAACACGUCCACCCUCGAUCGUGGGCAGCUUGUUGCUGCGCUCCUUCAAGUUCGCAACACUCUCCGGGAAUUAACCAUCGAAGCUGUUGCUUUACUUCCGGGGGCCCGCCGGUUUCCCCGUAGUCUCUUGUUCAAGGAUACCUGAAAGAAGCUCGUCCAUUUUGACAAGCUCGUGGCCCUGGAAUGUCCGCUGGUGCUCCUGAUGGGACUUGAAAUAGACGACGUUCAAAGGUUCAAGGAGCCGGUUCCAAGUAAUAUCGAAAUACUACGCCUCACAGACGACGUAUGGUACCCGGAUGAUGGUAUUCCAACGCAAGAAUUUCUUCGGGACCCCUCCGACAUCCUGAGAACGCUUUGCGCAUGGCUCCAGGCGCCGGAUUGGAGAACCCAAACGCCUCACCUGCGUCGCAUUGAGCUCUGGCAGAGCCGGUCCAGUCCCGCCUAUCGCGAGGAUCUGGGGCAGCAGCUCACCUACCUGGGUGCUCGAGUCGGGGUUCAGAUUGAAUAUCGGCGGAAUUCAUGAGUGAUCGGUUGAGC